AUGGCUCCGCCAGUUCUUGUCCAUGUCGCGAUACGCUCGCUCGUUCACCAUGUUGAAGUCCAACCUCAACCUUCAAACUCGCUUUCCUCCAGAGACUUGCAGAAUCCCACACACACGCAACAGGUUACACUGGGUGUCAUCGCUGCCUAUGUUGUAGCCAUUGCUAUUCUCUGGAAUGUGCCGUAUUUAAAAAUGAUCCUCUGGCCAUUCAAGAUGCUUGUCAUCGCCUUUCAUGAGUUCGGUCACGCCAUCACCGCCGUGCUCACUGGUGGAAAAGUCGAAUCCAUCAGCCUUGAUCCCAACGAAGGCGGCGUCACACGUAUGCGAGGCGGUAUCAGCGCCAUCACUCUUCCCGCCGGAUAUCUGGGUUCUUCAAUCAUCGGCGCUCUCCUCACCUUUUGUGGUUUCAACAUUGUCGCAUCCAAAGUUGCCAGUAUCGUCCUCGCCGUCUGCUUCUUGCUAACUUUGUGGUGGGGGAAGCGCGACUGGCUGACCAUUCUCACCGUUCUCCUUGCUGUCGGCCUGCUCAUCGCCUGUUGGUUCAUUGUUCACGCUCAGGCUCUUCGUUUCGUUGUCCUCUUCAUUGGUGUCAUGUCGUCGCUGUACAGCGUCUGGGACAUUUGCGACGACUUGAUCCUUCGCAAGGUGAAUUCAUCCGACGCCAGCGUUUUUGCCAAGAGAUAUGGGGGUUCUUCUCAGUGUUGGGGAAUAAUUUGGUCCAUUAUUUCCGUUCUCAUUAUGGCUGUUGGUAUUGUUGCGGGUCUAGCCGCGUUCUCGCAGUCUUUCGAACAGCAACAGCAAGAUUCCCAACACUUCAUCCCAACCUGA